CCUUUCUCACAGUCACCCUUGAGACCCGUUCUAUCCAUCUUUCUCUCUUUUCUCUUUCACUUUAUUUAUUUCUCCAUAUAUUUAUUUAAUCCAUCCCCCCUUUUUUUAUUCAAAUCUUUCUUAUUUUUUUCCCCAUUUAAUAUAAUCUCUUAAUUCAAUCAUUUUUUAAUUAAGAACUGCUAAAGAUGACGACUAUGAAGAAGAACAUGUUUCCUCCUGGUUUAGUUAACAAUCUUCAAGACGUUCUUAGCAAAAAAGGAGCAAACAAAAAUGAACAAAAACAACAAAAGGAUGAUGAUUCAACUGAAACAUCUACUUCUUCUUCAACUGCUGGUAAUGAAAACGACAGCUCUAAGCCUGUCGUUUUGGUUACUAAUAGUGAAGGGGUUGAUUCACUUGGCCUUGUUUAUCUCGUUCAAGCUUUGGUUGGUUUGGGACUCUACAAUGUCAAUGUCUGCGCACCUCAUUCGGACAAAUCGGCUUCAGGUCAUUCCUUGACUAUCCUAGAAACAAUUACAGUUACUCAGGCCGAAAUCGAAGGUGCCACCGCAUACGAAGUCACAGGGACUACCGUAGAUUGUGUCUCCUUAGCAUUAUCCGGGGCACUGUUCUCGUGGACAAAGCCUCUGCUGGUAAUUAGCGGAAUUAACCGAGGAUCAAGCAGUGGUCAUCACAUGUUUCACUCUGGUGUCAUUGCCGGAUCUAGGGAAGCAUUAAUUAGUGGUGUACCAUCUUUGUCAAUAUCAUUGAACUGGAAGAGGGAAGAAAGCCAAGAAAGUGAUUUUAAGGAUGCGGUUGCUGUUUCUUUACCUUUGAUAAAUGCAGCCCUCAGAGAUAUUGAAAAGGGUGUUUUCCCUAAAAGUUGCUUUCUAAGUAUAGAAAUUCCUACUUCUCCUAAGGCAAACAAGGGUUUUAAACUGACCAAGCAAAGUAUGUGGAGAUCUACACCGUGUUGGCAAGCUGUUCCGGCUAAUCGGAAUCCUUCAGCUCCACAUUUCAUGGGUAACCAACAAAGCCUUGGACUCCAACUAGCACAACUUGGUCGAGAUGCAUCUGCUGCCGGUGCUGCUCGGCGUGGAACCACACCAAGGAAUAAUGAGGAGGUAGAGUCCGUUGGGGCUGCUAAAUCCGAUAACAAAGCAAGAAAAUACUUUCGACUGGAGUUUUUGGAUAAAGAGAUGGAAGCUACAGACGACGAGUUGGAUUUCAAGGCACUCGGCAAUGGAUUCAUUGCGGUGACACCUGUGUCGGUUUCUCUGCAACUCGAGUCGGACGUUCAAACGGCUGCAUCGAGUUGGAUCUCCGGCGUGCUUAGUGGCGGGGCGGAGCAAUAGACUUUGAGAGACCAAAGCUGAAAUCUGAAUCGUAUUCAUUUUUGUAUACAAGUUGGGCUGGUUUUAUUUUGUUAUUAGCUUUUGAUACAAGGAAAAUAGUCUGGUCUGAAAUUAUAUGACCUUUGUGCUUCCUUUAAAUUAUUAUUAUUAUUAUUAUUUCUUCUGAA